AUGGCUUCUACGACUUCGCCUCCUCCGUCGCAGGCGGCUCCCUCCUCGAACCUCGCGGUUUUGCCUCCUAUAAUCACAGACUCCCCAGUUAAACGGCCGGGCCGUCAGCGAUCCUCGUCGUACGCGAAAGAUCGUCUCUCCACACUCUCUAAUGUUUCCCUAGCCUCUCAGAAUCGGUCACGGCCGGGGUCGCAUGUCUUCCCUGUGUUCCACUCCAGCCUGCCGUAUGCGCUCGUCCGCGAUUUUGCGUAUCCUGACAUCCAUCCUCUCCAUUAUGGCCCGCUGCCCCCGCGUGCGUCGGGGGUGUCGACUCCGGCAAGUGAGCAGCGGCGUCUAUCCGACCCGCCAGCGCCGUGGGACAGCUCGCGAGGCCAAUGGUCCAUGGGACCGUGGACCACGGACCACAGCUACGGGCACCAGCAGCUGCCCGCCAUGUCGUUCGGUGACGGACCGCCGUACAGCGAGGACGAAGACCUGCACAGCCCGGUGUUUUCCGCCCCUCGUCACCGGAAGAACAAGUCCACCGGCACGGAUGUCAAUGGACGGAAAGCCAGGGGCACCGGUAGCCGCGAGCAUCCCAGCGCGGGUGACGGGGGAGAUAUCGACCGGGGCACCCUGAUCAGCAUGAAUGCGGAUGGCAGCGAGACCUACUAUGUCAACGAUGACGAUAGUAUGGAAGACGGGCCAGGCGGCGAGUACGUCACGUACCCGGCAGACGAGAGCCGGUAUUCACACGUAGGGCCGUACGGCGACUACCAGGGCUAUGGGAACGAGGCGGACUUCGACUCGGAAGACGACUACGCGGGCACCAAUCGGUACUCGCGGGACUUCCAGUUCGCCGUGGGAUGCCCGGACGAAGAGAUGCACGGGAAGGCGGUUGCGUUGUUCGACUUCACGAGAGAGCACGAGAACGAGCUCCCUCUGACGGAGGGACAGGUGAUUUUCGUCUCGUACCGGCACGGACAGGGAUGGCUGGUCGCGGAGGACCCGCGGACUGGCGAGAGCGGGCUGGUGCCGGAGGAGUUCGUCCGGCUACUUCGCGACAUCGAGGGCGGAUUGACGUCGUUGAACGGCGAGCCCGACGCUGACGAUGAGAACCACACCCACUUGAGCCCGGAGUCCACGGACUCGCAGCAGGCCAUCACACCCACGCAGGACGAGCAACUGCCCCUGGAGUCGACCUAUGUCGGUGUCGAGCCCGUCUCCAACGGGGAGAAGAAGAAGAAAGGGGACGAGCUCUCCAAGCCCAAGUCCAAGUCCAGCGGUGGCAACGCCCCCUCGAACACGUCACAUCGUCUGCCCGGGAAUCAGGGGAUCGACGCCCCGCAGGACCUGGCCGAGAAGAAGACCUCGAAGGGGGAGGAGAAGCCUUAA